UGUUCCGGGUCAUUUCCGCAGGUGUUUUACGAGUGACAUACAGAGCACUGCCACGUUUCAAAACUUACCUUACUUAUCAUCUGUGUGAGGUUGAAACGAGCUAUUGUUCUGUCGACUGUAGAGUGAUAAGUACUUCCAAUAUGGCUGCCACAUCCCUUGUGUUAUUACUGUGCAUAUGUGCUGUAUUUGCAGCCGAAUCGGAACCCGGCCCGCCAUCCGGGGUUGAAGACGUUACCGAAUUGAAAGUAGAAAAGGUGUCGGUACCCGAAAACUGCGACAGGAAAACGAAGAAAAAUGAUUUAUUGUCAAUGCACUACACCGGCUACUUGACAGACGGUACUAAAUUCGAUUCAAGCCGUGACCACGGACAACCCUUCCAGUUCCAGAUGGGGAUUGGGCAAGUAAUCAAGGGAUGGGAAGUUGGCCUGGAAGACAUGUGUGUUGGAGAGAAACGUAGAUUAACCAUCCCUCCUCAUCUUGGAUAUGGGGAGCAGGGCGCUGGAGAUAAAAUUCCUCCAAAGGCCACUCUAGUAUUCGACGUGGAACUUGAAAAGAUUGAGGAAGGUCCUGCUCCUCAGAACAUUUUUAAACAGAUUGAUACAGAUGGUGACAAUGCUCUGUCUCAGGAUGAGGUAUCCCAGUUUAUGAUAGAUCAAGCAAAAGAGGCAGGAUCUGAUGAGGAAUUAGACACUAAAGAACAUCAAGAUGUGAUCAAGUCCAUCUUCGAACAUGAGGAUGCUGACAAAGAUGGCUUCAUCUCACAUGACGAGUUCAGUGGACCAAAACAUGACGAGUUAUAAUAAUCACUAAUUAGAUUUUAAAAUUUAAAUAUUAAAAUGUAUUUGAAGGGAUGGAGAUGCACAAGGCAAACAGUUCAGAGUGUUGUAGCGGCAUGAAUGGUUGUAUAUGGUGCUGUAAAACUUAAAAGUUACUAUGAUGAUUAUAUUUACCGAAAUAAGGCCAAAUUUGUUCUGUCUUUCCAGAUUGUUUUUCGUAUUGCUUUAAUACUUCAGCUAUUGUGUUUAAAUUCUUGGUGAAUAAUUGUUCAACAAAAAAAUCUCACUUCCUAAUCCUACCACUUGUAGCCAAAAGCUUUAGUCUACCUACCUGUAUUGAUUGUAAGUAGCCUACAUGUACCUUAGUUAAUUGAUUAUAUUAAAGUAGAAACACUGUAAUGCUUAUUAUUUUUAGCCUAAACUCAUUUCAUAUGUAUUGGUAGUGUCAUUAUUUCCAUCCUUUCCCAGAAAAAUGCUUAUGGAAAUCACUAUUUGUUUCAUCAGUGACUUGCCUGCAAUAUUACCUGACAUUCUUUUAUUUGAAUAGUAGAAUGCAAUGUUUAUUUCUUUUUGCUAUUGAUAUCUGCAAGUGUAUAUGGCAUCAUUGCUUUAAAAAGAUCAUAUCAAUUUUACCAAAUACUGCCUAGAAAUAUGGAGAUUUCUAAAAGCUUGAGAUGUCCAUACCAAAUUUGUGAGAUUGAGAACACUAGAGAAUGUGUGACUCAGAUUCCAAACCCUUUUUACUUGGUACAAUCUCAACCCUCCCAUUCUCACUUCGAUGUUUUUCCUACACCAUAUCAUAUCAGUAAAUUUCAUGAAAUCAUCGUUGGCUCCUGAGACUACAGUACCAUGAUUGGCAAAGUUACAUCGGAAAUUUAUGUGUGUACUACCAAUAGACUAUAUGCCAGACCCACACAAAACCGUAGUCAUUUUUGUUAUCAAAGGAUAAAAUAGGGACUUAAUAUUAAAUAUCUCUGUCUCUUGUAUACAUGCAAAUAUUUAUUCUAUGAUGAAAGUAUAUAGGUAAAGUCAAACCUCCAUAUCUCAACUCAUACAAUUCAGGGACCCUGUUAAACAAAAAAUUAAAUUUCGGGAGUAAAUCUAUAUGUAAAAAUAUACUCAGAUACCUUGAAUACUUGCAAUAUCUCAAGGUUUUUUCAUGGCCCCUUUGACUUGAGAUAAUGAGGUUCGACUGUAGUUUAGGCGUGAGUGAAGGGAGGUGAUUGAUGUAUGAGUGCUGUCCUAGUUUUAUGUAAAACACUUUUUUUCUUCACUAGAACAUUGUAGCAUUUGAUAUAUUUUAAUACAGAAAAAACUGUUUGGUGUACUAUUGAGUAAGUAACUCUUAACAUCAGAGGUUUGUUUUGAUAAUCUUUUUAAAGAAGUGUUUUUACUUUCUGGACAGAUGUAGCAUUGCAACACAGGGACAUGUCUAUGUACUGUAUUAGAGAAAAUAGCCUUAUUAUAGGUAUUUCUGGCUAGUUUUUAUAAUAUAACACUUGACAUGUCCCUAUGGUUGCAGUAUGAUAAAGGAGAUAAUUAUUAUUUUUGUACAUAUUUCAAUACAAAGUAUGUAUUCAAAAGUGAUGUCUGUAUGUACGUUUUUACCUGAUUUGGUGGUGUUUUAAUAUACCAAAACUGAGGUAAGUGUAAUAAUUUUAGAUGUAUUCAAAUUAAAGGUGUUCAUCAAAGAUAUCUAGUCAGCACAUUUUGUAAAACUUAAAAGUCAUCAGAUACAUUCUAUGACUUGUAGUAUGAAUAACUUAUUUAAAGCAAAUUUUUUUUUUCUGAUUUUUUUCAGGGCUAUUAAAAAACAGCCACAAGGGAUGUUAACAUGUAUUUGAUGUCUUCAUUAACAACUUGCCAAUUUUGUAAUUCAUGAAAUAUAUUAUAUCAAUGAAAGAUCUAAUCAGUAUUAAAACUGGAACCUUUUUAGAUGUCUUCCUUGUACUGAUAUCAGUGUUUUGUUCUGAUAUAGUGAAACAAUACAGUAUAAAAAAUGCAAAGGGAGGUAAUCAAUUGAGUAAAUUUUAAUACAAAACAAUUUUAAUGUAUUAUUAAUUAUCUUUUAUAUUUUAAUUAAAACAGUAUUAACACCAUUUAAUGUAUGUUUGAACUAUAUAGCUGAGGAAAAAAAUACAUGUGUUAAAUGUUACAUUGAUGUGAGCUGGUCUGAGGGAAACUAGAUCGGUGGAAUUACACUGAAGGUAAUUUUUCAUAUCUCAAUUUGUAUAAGUGCUAUAUUGAAGGAUUUAUUUAUUGUGAAGGCACAUAAGUCUGUCUUCCACAAGCUUAAUGAUAUUCCUGUGGAAUACACAAAGAGGAAAAGUAUUUUUGGGGAAGACAUAUAAAUCAAUGACUUUAGCAGUAUUUCAGUGAAUGUUUAAAUAUUCUUGUAGGGGCAUUCCAUUAGACUUAUCAAAGCAUGACAGUAUUUACACAUCAUACUUGGUAAUUAACCCACCCAUUUCUGUUGCUGUUCUGUAAAAUCACUUAUGAAUUAUCUUUCAUUAUUCUUAAAAAAAAACACCCUCUGUCUGAUUCUGAAGUUAUGUGUUAGCCCAAUGGGCUUAUAAUAGGAUAAAUGUGGUAAGAGUUUGAAGAUUUACAGUAAUUUGUUUGUGUAUAAUGUUAUGUAUAUACUCAGAAUGUGUACGCAACCUCAAGUUUGACCUGAUCCUCUAAUUAUUAGCACCAUUUGUCCGAGGAAAUUUUAAGUGUUUACUAGUAAACAAGAUACUAAAGAAGACAUACAGAAAAAGUUUGUAAACAAGAGAUCAACUUUAAUGAGUUACACUAUAUGUUACUGUAUUGUAAAACCAUGAACUUCGGUUUUGACAUGGUGAAACAUUCUUGUAUCGGAAAGUCAACAGAGGUAUUUUUACACCUGCUGUCAAGAUAUUUUUGUUGUUUAUACAAAUGUACUGCCAUUUACAUUGCCUUCAUCCCGUGUUCUGAUACUAGUAGCGUUUCAUACAUUCCAUAUGACUUGUCAUCAUUAGAUACUCAGGUUGAUUUGUCAAUUGUCAGUGUCCAGACAUUUUUUUUUUUCCUGUCUUACAUAACAGGUGUAAAUGUUGAAAUUUUAGGGCAUAUUUACAGAGAAUUAUCGAUGAAUCUGAUCACAGGGACUUGUCACAAUAUCCAAUCCCAUGCAGGUUGUAUAGUAUAUGUAUGUUUUAAGAUACAUACAAAUACAUAUACGUAUGGGUUGGGAAAUUGUGUGGAGUCCCUGUGUCUAAUAAUGACUUAUAUUAGCACUUUUGCAUUAAUUUUAAUCACUGAUGGAACGGUUUAUCCAAAUUUAUAUAUUUCACUAAAGUCUUGACAGGAUUCAUUAUGUCUUAAAUAAAGAAAUUCACACACCCAUA